AUGUCUUACUGGGUCUGCUGCAAUUCCUGUUUUCUUCUCCCGAGUCCGGAGCGGAAGCUGGCCGUUACUACGUGCGGCCAUGUCAUCUGUAGUGUCUGCUACCAGAAAGGAAAGCAAGGUAAAUGUUUAAUAUGCAGCACCCAGUGCCAAGUAUCACCACUGUCUGACAAAAGCAGCUCUGAUGUGAAGGCCUUGUUUUCUGACAUCAACGUGGUGGCCACCAAACACCUGACAGAAAUCAGCAAAGUUCUAACGUUCCAGGCAAGACAUCAGAAAAGACUGCUGACGUACUACCAGCAAAGGAAUGGGAAACUAGAGGAGUUUUUUGUCAAAAUGAAGCAAGAGAGGCAGCAGAUGACAAAGAAGCUGCAUGAACAGAGUGCAUACAUUGCUAAGCUGGAAACUUCUCUGCAGCAUCAGUGCUCCAAGCCAUCAUUGUCCUCGCAGACUGGCCGCAGUUCUCACCCUCCACAUGGACAACAGCCAGUCCUGCAGAUCCCAUACAACUCGCCUAGUUCCCUCGCACGCUGCUCAUCAACAACCAACAUGACUGAAGGCAUGGAGGUGGAUGAGAGGAGCCUGUUCAGGAAACCUAACUCUGCACCCAGAAUGUCGAUCAUCAAGCUUCCUCAGGAGGAAAGGAUGGGCACCAUCCCUCACAGAUCAUCCAGCCAGAUCCUUCCUUCUGCUCACUCAGCCAGUGUCAGUCGUUUUCAGAUGACACCCGUGACCCCGGAGUCUCCGUACGCUCAGAGUUCUGUGUGGACGUCUCCAGUCUUCAGGCCUCCGUCCUCCUUCAGGCACUCCAUGUCGUCUCUGCUCGGCCCGCCACCUUAAA